AUGGUUACCCCUGAGGUUACCUCUUACCUGCAAGACCUUGAUGCGUCCCUGCCUCUCCUCUCCUCCUUCUCAUCCCUCGCCUCGCUCUCUCUCAUCGCCUGCACCUUCAACCCAUACGAGCUGCACACACUCGCGCGCGCGCUGCACACUCUCACGCACCUCACCAUUGACGAUUGCCCGCUCGUCUGCUCCCGCUCGCUCUCCGCCCUUGUGCGAGCCAAUCCCGCCCUCUGUUCCCUCUCCCUCAGCAGCAAACGCUACCGCAUGUACAGCGUUGCAGGGCUGGCGACCGUGCUGCUGGGCCUGACAGCAGGGAAGCUGCUCGCGCUCUCUCUCUCUCCGGCCUGCCGUCCUUCCGCCCUGGCUUGCUGGCGCGCUGCAGUAGCCCGCGAGCGGCCAAGCAGUACCUCAGCGCAGCCUACUCCCACCACCUCUCCCUCCACCUCGCCCUCCACCACGCCCUCCACCUCGCCCUCCACCACGCCCUCCACCUCGCCCUCCACCACGCCCUCCACCUCGCCCACCACCACGCUCCCCACGCUCCCGAUUCAGGGGGGGAUGGAGGAGGAGGAGGAGGAGGAGGAGGAGGAGGAGGAGGAGGAGGAGGAGGAGGAGGAGGAGGAGGAGGAGGAGGAGGAGGAGGAGGAGGAGGAGGAGGAGUGGGCGAGGGUGGCAGCGCAGUCACGCGCAGGGUUGGUGGAGGUGGUGCCGUGGCUGAUGGAGCGGCUGAGAGUGCAGUCAUCCGCCAUGGUGGACGGACUCGAGUCCAUGCUCGCCCCACGUGCUGCUGCUGUCAGUGCUGGGGCUGCUGCUGCUGCCGCCGCCGCCGCCGCCGCCGCCGCCGCCGCCGCCGCCCCCGCCGCCCCCGCCGCCGCCGCCGCCGCCGCCGCCGCCGCCGCCGCCGCUGCUGCUGCUGCUGGUGUUGCUGCUGCUGCUGGUGCUGGUGCUGGUGGUGCUGCUGCUGGUGCUGUGGCUGGUGUGCAAGGGGAGGGGGAGCAGGAGGAAGUAGAGGAGGCCUGGCCGGCAAGCACCGCACGGGUGGCAGCAACGAGCCCUUGUCUGGACUGUCUCGUGUGGGAAAAACUUGACUUCACUGCUGCUCCCACCUCACCCUGCCUGCCCGAUAACCCCCCCUCUACACCUCCUCCCCAUCCCUCACUUCCCAUGCCAGAGCAGCAGCGGCAGUCGUUUGAGAGUGUCGUCCUGGCUUCUGUGUUUGGCAGGCUGAGGUGGUCGGCAGUGGCGCGGUGCGGUGGGGUGGGGGAGGAGCAGCUGAGAGUAGAGCACUGUGAUGCCAACUCCGAUGCCCUGCUUCUAGCAUGCCCAAUCCACUCUCUCACCCAAGCCAUGAUCAUCGCAUGCACCCGUGUCACUGCUGUUGGGGUUGGAGGGCUUCUGGGAAGCUUCCCUAGGCUGCGGCAGGUGAAGGUGGAGGCAGAGAAGGUGUCUGAGAGGACGAGGUGGGAGCUGCAGCGUGCUGGUGUGGUGGUGAGGGGAGUCUGA